UUUGCGACACUAAUAUGGGGCAUAUAUCAUUUCACACAUCCGGAAAUAUUUUGACAGAAACAUUACGGAACGUAAAUAAUCGCACUUAUCAAACAGAAUGGGAUGUGACGGUGGAACGAUUCCUAAACGCGAUGAACUUAUUCGAACAAAGCAAAAACCAGAGCAGAAAGACAAGGCAGCAGAUUUAGCAGCGAGAUGGAAGCACUGUGCCAUCUCUCAAGAACCUCUGCGAGAGCCAGUCAUGGCUUGUGAGUUGGGCAGAUUGUACAACAAGGAGUCGGCCCUUGAGUUCCUGAUUGACAGAACCAAGUUUGAGUGUGCCUCCAGCUUUGAACAUCUCCGUGGUCUCAAGGACUUGAAGGAACUGAAUUUGACAGAGAAUCCAAGUUACUCUCGCCCCCAGUCCAUGAAAGGUGACGGCUAUGUGGACAUACAGGACACCAAGUACAUCUGCCCCGUGGUUGGCAUUGAGAUGAACGGCAAACACAAGUUUGCCUGUCUGUGGAGCUGUGGAUGUGUGCUGUCAGACAGAGCAAUGAAAGAGGUCAAGGGAGACAAAUGUCACAAGUGUGGAAAGCCUUACCAGCCUGAGGAUGUGAUCACACUAAACUGUGCCAAUGAGGAGGUGGAGGAGCUGCAGAGCCACAUGACACAGAGGCGCCUACAGCAGAAACUGGACAAGAAAUCAAAGAAGGCCAAGAAACAAAAACUUGAGACUGUGCCCUCUGAAUCCUCCUUAGAGAGUGGUCCCAGCACCAGCAAGCAGCCAAAAAUGGAGAAACCAGUCACAAAAGAUUCAAAAUUGACCAAUGGGAACAAGGUUUCCAAGGUGGUUGCUAAUGGCAGUCAGAAGCCAUCCAAUGGGAUCAUAGGUGCCACAGUGAGAAACCCACUGGGUACCAGCCUAGAUUUGCCCACGUCUGGUAGUGUUCAGAAGGACCCCAAGACCAGUGCAACCUACAAAUCCUUGUUCACAUCCAGUGACAAGGCCAAGAACCAGAUGAAGGGACAUUGGGUUACGUGUAAUCCUUACUGGAACUGAACUGUCCUUUGUAUAUGUAAAUAUGGUGUGACAUUAUGCAUUGAGUAAUACCUGACAUAAAUGAGCAAAAGAGAUAAAAAGAACAUCAUUAAAGACGAUGCUGACUAAACGUUGAAAUUCAUGUAUUUACUUUCUGAGCUGUCCUGAUACAACUUGUAUUGCUCUGAUACAUGUUGAGUUUUUAUCCACCAAAAAAGACAUGCUAAUUUUUGUGCUUUGUGUUAUUAAUAUAAAUUUGUUGAAUAUCUUGUAAAUGUCGAGUACAGCAGAUGUCACUUUUUAAUCAUUUUUAAUUUGUUAACAUGUAUAAUGAAUGUAAAUUGCAAAAUAAACAUUUCUUUGGAAAUUUA